GCGCAUAAGCUGCGGCACAAUCACUCCAUUGGAAGGUGACGGCGUGCAUUUAAUGUUAGCUCUGCAUCGUGGCAAUGGUAGCGAGGCGCCGACCUUCAAGUACCAGGUCGAGUGGCAUGCUGCUUGCUCGCCAACGCGGCGAGCAUGCCGACAGCAAUCUACUUGCGCGUCCACAUUCUCCUUUUUGCCGAGACCCCUGAGUUUAAGUCGGAGUCUCGAAGCGGACGAGGAUGAGAAAAAGAAAAAUCGAUAUUGCAUGACCGACAUGAGGGCCGUGCGGACCGGCAGCUGGGAUCAACAUCUUCUUCCUGUUGAAAGAAUGCAAUGGAAGGAUACGAUGGACGCGCAACAGGCCACAAUGAAGUGAAGCAAAUAAUACAUGGUACUCUAGCUACUCGGCGUACGUAAAAACUGAAAAUGCUGUUGUCGAAAACUGUAUGGUGCUAAUACUACUAGACGAGAAGCGGA